CAAAGCUAUUUGUUUCCUUUAUAGCUUGUGGUGAACAUGCUUAUUCUGCAUUAAUAUGAUGAGUGAAGUCUCUGUAUGUGUACGCUUACUGGUAUUAUUUUAUCUUAUUGACCAAUUACUCUCACUUGUUGGUGAAGACUAUCAGAAGACAGAAGCCUCUUUAGUUGGUGCUAUUCUGUCAAAAGUUGUUCCUGCAGCGUUCUCAACUGAAACUUGUUUUUCUAGAAUGAUAUGUGUACUGACACCACCAUUUGUUGUGGCAGCAUCUGUUCUGACCUGCUUGAAAGAUAAACCAAGGAAAGGGGAGAAAUUAACAUUGUCACCCAGUGGGACGUUGGCUGCAAUUACAGACUCCCUUGGCCUAAUAAUGCUGUUAGACACUCAAGCCUUGGUAGUGGUUAGACUAGAGAAGGGAUAUCGCGAUGCUAGCUGUUUGUUCAUGGAAAUGCUGAUUAACAAUGAUAACCCAGGAAGCCAUUCAUCUUAUCAUGAACCAGUGAAGAGUGAUUACUGCCUCUGCCUAGCUAUUCAUGCACCACGGAAAGGAAUCGUGGAGGUGUGGCAAAUGAGAACCGGAGGACGUAUUCUGGGCGGUUCAGUAUGGGAAAGGGAGUAAAAUACUGCAACCCACAUACAGGUUUAGAUCGGUAGUGGACGACGGCUCUCCGUAUGUUCCUCUUGAAGUGUUCUUGUUGAAUGGAGAAUCUGGUCAGAUCUCGGUGUUGAAUCGAUCACUUCACUAGCUAAUGUCUUGAGUUACUCAAUCUUUUUUCAACCGUUUUGUUGUUGUGGUAGUUAGCUUUUGAUCUAUUGAGAUUCAUUCAUUGUUGCCUGUGUCGAUGUGAUUGGUAAUAUGCAAUAUACCAAUGGGAACAACACAUAAUUUUGAUGAAGUGUACAUAAAUGAGCGCGUUCUGCUUUUAUUUUCAUGCAUAAGUCAUCAGUGUUGUCAUUGUUCCAUAACAUCGGUAGGGUAUAGGUGAAGUAUAUAUGAAUUUGAGUUUUAGUGGAUGGAUUAGGGUAGAGCAUGAAUAUUACGUUUAGAAAAUGUUCAAAUUACUCGAGUUGUUGGGAAAAGAUUAUACUGGAUCUUAUAACACUCUCUAAGAAUUCCAUCUGAUAUGAUGGGUGCCAAAUAUCAAUUGGAUGCCACGAGGAAUGAAGAUUACUUAUUUCA